GCACCGGGGAAGCGAAAGCCUGGGGGACGAUCCAUCUAUUACCACCGGGAAAACAUGGAUUGUUGUUAAAUUCUUGAAAGAUACGAUUACAACAAGAGUUGGGUCAAGUCUGUCACGGUUCAUGUGUCAGAAGAUGGGAGGCUGGAGUGUGUUUAUGAGCAGCUGUGCUUGGGCGAUUCUUCUUCUUGCUCUGUUUGGUGAUUCAUUGGCAUCUGCGCCCGAGUUUGAUCCCUACAGCGUUCUCAAAGUGUCCAAACAUGCCAGCCUCACUGAAAUCAAGAAAAUGUACAAGAGUCUGGCAAGGGAAUGGCAUCCAGACAAGAACAAAAGUCCAGGGGCAGAAGACAUGUUUAUCAAGAUCACCAAAUCCUAUGAGAUUUUAUCAAAUGAGGAGCGAAGGGCGAACUAUGACCGUUUUGGUCAAAUGGACGAGAAUCAAAACUUUGCGCGGCCGCCGCAGGGCUUCAGACAGUAUCAUGACAGUUUCUACUUUGACGAAUCGUUCUUUCACUUCCCUCGGACGAGUCGAGACUUCACCGAGAGCAAACAUCUCUUACACUACAACCAGUACAUGAAUGAGGUUCUGCCGGACAGUUUCAAGAGACCCUACCUGAUCAAGAUCACCUCCGAGUGGUGCUUCACCUGCAUUCACAUCGAACCCGUAUGGAAGGAAACUGUGCUGGAUCUGGAGCCCUUGGGGGUCGGUAUCGGUGUAGUGGACAUUGGAUAUGAGAGACAGCUGGCUAACCAUCUUGGUGCCCACCGCACGCCAUCCAUUCUCGGUUUAGUCAGUGGAAAAGUCACUUUCUUCCACUACUCUGUGGUCAGAGAACACUUGAGGCAGUUUGUGGAAAGCCUUCUGCCCCAGAAGCUAGUAGAGAAGGUGACCGACAGCAACUACCUCGAGUUUUUGAACAGUUGGCAUGAGGAGAACAAGCCAAGAGUGAUCAUGUUUGAUAUCGCAUCUAACGUCCCUCUUCUGUACAAACUCACCGCGUUUGCCUAUAAAGACUAUGUGAGGUUUGGAUAUGUGGAUAUGGGCCUGACUGAGACCUCCAAAGUCGUGCAGAGAUUCAACAUUAACACAUAUGCCCCCACAAUGCUCCUGUUCAAAGAGAACACUGAGAAACCUGCUGAUGUGAUACAGGCAAGAGGGAUGAAAAAGCAGAUCCUUGACGAGUUUGUGUCAAAUAAUCGUUUUCUUCUGGUGCCGCGUCUGGUGAAUCAGAAACUCUUUGAUGAGCUGUGUCCUGUUAAACAGUUCCACCGUCGCAGGAAGUACUGCGUUCUGCUGGUUACUGGUGAAGGAGAGCAGUUUGUGUCCGUGAACGAGGCCUUCUUUGACUUUGCUUCCUCCAACACUAAGGAAGUUCUCCGGUUCGCUUAUGUUGAUCAGAGACAACAGCAACCUCUUUGUGACACCCUACUCAAGAAAGACGACACAACCCCUCCACAGGUGAUUAUCUUGGAGAGACGCAGCACUUCAGGACGGGUGUUAUAUCGGACAGUGACUGGCGGAUGGAACGGGAGUGACGAUGAUAAGCACCGCCUCCACGAGCAGCUUGAGCUUCUGCAAAGAGACCCCUCCUACCUUACCCAUGACGCCAUGCUGCCUGAACUCAACAAUGAGUUUGCUUCUAUGUUUCUGAUUCAGUGGAUGAACACUGCAUAUGAUUACCUGGCUCAGUUUUACUUUGAUCUUCUCUACUCUAACUGGCGUGAGAUGAUGCCUGUACUGUCGCUGAUCUUCUCGGCUCUUUUCAUCCUGUUUGGAACUGUAAUCAUUCAGGCCUUCAGUGACUCUGGGGAGGAAAAACCAGCCAAACAAAAGGCCACGGAUUCACCAAAGACACCAGAGAGCUCUCCAGGCCCAGAGAGCACUUCAAGUCGUCCACCUAAGAAGAAUUUUGUGGAGGUGACCGAGCUGACAGACAUCACCUACAUGAGCAACUUAGUCCGGUUAAAGCCUGGUCACAUCAACGUGGUGCUGAUCCUCACGGACGCUUCUAAACAAGUGCUGCUCAGGAAGUUUGCCAAAGAAGUGUACUCAUUCUCAGGGUCUCAGAAUCUCCACUACUCCUUUCUAAAUGUGGACAAGCACCGGCAAUGGAUGGAUUCGCUCAUGGAGUCUGCUCCCGACGCCAGGUCGGAUGAAGAGGAGGAGGUGGAGGACUCCAGCACAAACAAAUCUGACCACAUGGGCCACGUCCUGGCGCUCAACGGCCACAAGAAGUACUUCUGUAUAUUCAGACCCGUGUUUACAGGUGAGGAAGCUGAACGUAGCAGGUUCUCUGAUGAGGAUGCGGCGACCGCAGGACCCAGCAGAACCUCAAGGUCCCGUUCGAGUUCCCGUCAGAAGGCCACAACUUUGGAGAUCCACCACAAACUGGACCGACUGGGCCUGUGGAUGGAGAGGCUCAUGGAGGGAACUCUGCCAAGGCACUACGUUUCAGCCUGGCCCGGUAUGGACACCAUCACACCGCAGAAAUAAGACUAUACUCAUAGCAGGAGGCCUGAAAGGUGUCGAAUUCUAGACCUUUUUGAUCUCGAUUACAUGGUCGUUUUUAAAAGAUGUUAAGUUAUUUUGUGAAAUGCACUGGUUGAGAGGAUAUUUAGAGUGGAGUUUCCCAACCCUCUUCCUGAAGGCACACCAACAGUACACACUUUCACCUCUUCUUAAUCAAACACACCUAUAUAUCAACUCAUCAGAACAUUAGAAGACACUCCAAGACCUGAAGUUAAUGGCUCAGAUAAGGGAGACAUCCAAAAUAUGUUGGUGUGCCUUCAGGAACAGGGUUGGGAAACACUGAUUUAGAGCACAAUUUGCUUGUUUGCUGCUUUAGAGGUUAACCUCAACUCCCAUCUGCCAGUGUAGGCUUGUUUCAUUACUGUACGGAUGCCGAUACCCAGAUACAGCCACUCUGUGUAGCUUUGAAUAGGGCUAAAUGUGUCUUUACGCUGCUGGGUGUUUGGCGGCCAUUGCGCUACUUCAUAAUUUGGGCCUUUGAUUUGGUCCUGACUUAAGAGAAGCUUGUAUUAAAGGGAUAGUUCACCCAAAACUGAAUGUUCUGUCAUCAUUUACUCAGCUUUCAAUCGUUAAAACUUGUUUGACUUUCUUCUGUUGAACACAAAAGACCAUUGAAAGCCAUUUACUUCCAAACCAAUACUAUGGAAGUCAAUGGUUUUCAGCUUUCUACAAAAUAUCUUCUUUUGAGUUCAGAAUAACCUCAUAAAGGCUUAAUGUGAGUAAAUAAUGAGUAAAUGGACAUUUUUGAGUGAACUACCCCUAUGUUUAGGUAACUCAUUUGCCUUUUUUUUGCAGUCAGAGUCAUUAUUUGGAUUCUAGAGAUUAAAAUGUGUGCGUAUGCGUGUGUGUGUGUGUGUGUGUGUGUGAGAGAGGUUUCGUUAACCCAUUUUCCUUAUGCAAAAUCUCAACGAAUUUACUAAACCGUGCUGCAUGGAGUUCACUAUAUUGCAUUAUAAGUACGAUCCUUUAAUGCCGUUUGUGCAUGUGCUGCCUUUUUAUAAGUCCCCAUUGUUUAUUUAGUCGUUUAAUUCAUGUUUUGCACUUUGAUAGACUCGCUUGUCUUUAAUUCGUUAACUCCAUAUUUAAAUAGAGACUCUAAAUGCGUUUGAAUCAUCACAACCGGUUGAAUAAGAUUAAGAAUGUCUGUAGAUCAUGAGUCUCAAACUCGAUUCCCGGAGGGCCGCAGCUCUGCACAGCUAAUAUUAAUCAAGGUGUUCCAAAGAUUAGUUUGAUCAGCUGUGUUUGAUAAGAGUUGGAACAAAACUGUGCAGAGCUGUGGCCCUCGAGGAAUUGAGUUUAGACGCAUGCUGUAGAUCAGUGGUGCUCAACCCUGCUCCUGGAGAUCGACCUUCCUGCAAAGUUCAGCGCCAACCCUGAUCAAACACACCUGAACCAAUUAAUUAGGACCUGAACAGCACUUGAUAAUUACAGGCAGGUGUGUUUGAUAUGGGUUGCAACUGAAAUCUGCAGGAAGGUCGAUCUCCAGGAACAGGGUUGGUCACGCCUGCUGCAGAUCAUCAGUUGGUUGUUUCUUUUAAAGGGGCAGUUCACCUAAAAAGGAACGUUUUCUCAUUAUUUACUCUCAUUCAGCUGGUUCCAAAUAGAUUCAUUUCUGCUGUUGAACACAAAAGAUGAAAUCCUGAAAAAUGUUGGGGUUAAAAAAGCAGCCAUUGACAUCUAUAGUAGGAACAAAACAAAAAUAUACAUAUAAUGGAAGUCAAUGGCUGUUAUUUGAUAACAUUCUUUAGUAUAUCUUUCUUUGUGUUCAGCAGAAGAAGAAAAACUGGAGGAUGAGUAAAUGAUGACACAUUUUUCAUUUUUGGGUGCACUGUCUCUUUAAGAAAAUGACUUUUUAUGUUGCACUAUUUUGUGGUUGAUUUAUAUAUCAUGUUCAUUGUUUUAAUAAUAAUAAUAAUGAUAAUAAUAAUAAAGUUUGUACUGUA